AUGCCUCCGCGCCUGCGGCCGCUGCUCCUGCGCGUGUCCCUGUGGGUCCUCGUGGGCUCCUCGAGCCCCGCGCUGCUCCCCGGUACAGGUGAAGAGUGCAACGAUGUUCUUAUUUUUUCUGCAGAUCCCCAUAAGCCAGAGGAGAAAGAUGAAAUUUCCAAAGUCACAAUCAUAAGUCUUGUCCCCUUACUGGUGAUUUCUGUUGCUGUGAUUGUUAUCUUUUAUGCCUACCGCACUCAUAAGAAGAGGAAGCUCAGCAAGGCCUGGGAGAAGAACGUUAAGCCCAGGAAGCAUAAAGACUGCAGUGAUGUUUGUGCCAUUAUGUUGGAUGAUGACCACUCAGACAUCAGCUCUACCUGUGCCAACAACAUCAACCACAACACAGAAUUGCUGCCCAUUGAGCUGGACAUUGUUGUUGGCAAAGGAAGGUUUGCUGAAGUGUAUAAAGCCAAACUGAAGCAAAACACAUCUGAGCAGUACGAAACUGUGGCAGUAAAGAUCUUCCCCUACGAAGAAUAUGCCUCCUGGAAAACCGAGAAAGACAUUUUUUCAGAUGUAAACCUUAAGCAUGAGAACAUCCUCCAGUUCUUGACAGCAGAGGAGCGUAAGACAGAUCUUGGCAAACAGUAUUGGUUGAUCACUGCCUUCCAUGCUAGAGGAAACUUGCAGGAAUACCUCACACGACACAUUAUCAGCUGGGAAGACCUCUGGAAACUGGGAGGGUCCUUGGCCCGAGGGAUUGCCCAUCUGCACAGUGAUCACACACCCUGUGGUCGCCCUAAAACCCCUAUUGUGCACAGAGACCUAAAGAGUUCCAACAUCCUGGUGAAAAAUGAUUUAACUUGCUGUCUCUGUGACUUUGGGUUAUCCCUGAGGCUGGACCCUUCUCUUUCUGUGGAUGACUUGGCCAACAGCGGUCAGGUUGGCACAGCUAGGUACAUGGCCCCUGAGGUCCUGGAGUCCAGGAUGAACCUAGAGAACAUGGAGUCCUUUAAACAAACAGAUGUGUACUCCAUGGCUUUGGUCCUCUGGGAAAUGACAUCUCGCUGUAAUGGUGUUGGAGAAGUGAAAGAAUAUGAGCCCCCAUUCGGCUCUAAAGUGCGAGAACAUCCCUGCGUGGAAAGCAUGAAGGACAAUGUCCUAAGAGACAGAGGGCGACCCGAGAUCCCCAGCUCCUGGCUUAACCAUCAGGGCAUCCAGAUGGUGUGCGAGACCCUUAUCGAGUGCUGGGACCACGACCCCGAGGCCCGGCUCACAGCGCAGUGCGUGGCGGAGCGCUUCAGCGAGCUCAAGCACCACGACAAGCUCUCAGGGAGAAGCUGUUCAGAGGAGAAGAUCCCCGAGGACGGUUCCGUAACCACCGCCAAGUAGCACGCACCCAGGAGCUCCGAAAUGGAGGGAGGUCACCUAAGCACGUUACCUUGGCAGGGGAAGAAGUCUGGAUCGGUGCCUUGACUUGCUUCCUGGAGGACUGAGGCUGUCACUACUCCCUUUGAGCUGUGGCUCUGGGCAGGGAGAUGGAUGCGUGGGAGUUAAAAGCCAGGGAGUAGGUGUCGUACCCCAGCAUUGCCAGCCGGCGUCAUGUCAUAGGAGGAGCUAAGUCUGUUAGCGCUUCCUCAGGAAACGAGAUUUGAGAAUAGCCAAUAACAUUAUGCACUUUAAUAAUGCCUGUAUAUAACUAUGAAAUCGCUAUUUUUAUAUAUAUAUAUAUACAUAUAUAUUAAAAAUGUCUGUGUAUGUAUAUAUCUAUCUAUAUAUCUAUAAACAGCUGUGCUCUGAAGAAAAGAGUUUAAAAAACGCUCACGGGAAAUGACCUGCGCAUUAGAGAUCCCUCCCCACUGGGAAAGCGCCUGGGGAGACUGGCGUAUCAGGACACUAGCAAUUGUGCACUAAGCACUCUGCCAAAAAGAUAGGAAUAAUGAGCAAUAAGAAGAUGGCAUUGAAGCACGUGCUGCACGCACCCAGCUGUGGCCCAGGAGAUGACAGCUGCAGCAGCAGUCUCUCAGCAAGGAGGCAGAUCGGGCUUUGCAGUUGUAACUACGUGGUCCUGCCUGCAGCAUGCUUCAGAAGAUUCGGGGAUGUCUUUGCCCUCUUGCCUUAACCCCAGGGUCCUCACAGCCUCCCACAGUGGGAGCAUGAGGAGGUUCGGUCCCUCCCACCUGUGUUUCCAUGCAGAGGUCGUUAGCGUUACGUGUUUAUUGCUUUGAAUUCACGCUGCUCGCGAGCAGGUUGCAAAAUAGCAGCGGGAUGAGAUUUUCCCCUCCUCCCUUCCCCACCCCCAAACCACAAACAACAAGACACGUCCAGCAGUAAUCCAAGCAGAUGUUUUGUAUUUGCUCUGCAUUCUGAACGCAGACAGUACUUUUUUUGCCCCUUUCCUUUUACCUCGAUUGCGUUGCUGUGAGAACGAAUAACUUUUUCCUGGUACAGCAUAUAUAAUUGCUUGACAUACUGCAGCCUGACUCUGUUCCACGCUUUCUAGAGAAAAGUAAGAGACAACACCCAGUGCCUUUGCUUUUGCACAAGGACCUUAGAGGUGAGGGAAGGCUCCAUAACAUCAGGUUCACGGUAUAUCCUGCCCUCCUCUCUGCAGUGUAGUGGGGCUUCAGGUCUCCAGAAUGUUUAGGAGGACAGCUGACAUCAUACUGGACUUACAUAAAUGACAGCAGUGCGUUUAAUAAUGCUAACAAUUUUGUCUUCGGGAGUUGUGCAGUGAUAUUUCACUUUUUUCUUCCCUUGACAUGUAAGUGGGCCUUGGAAACCAGGAGUUCAGCACAGAGCAAUCCCAUGCAGGACUGUAUCCAAUGCAAUUCACUCAACACCUCUGACGGAUAAACACUGAUAUUACUCUAGAAGACAUUGCCAAGUAAAUCAGUAGGAAUCACGCUCAUUUAAAUAGGAGCUCAGUCUAACUUGCAGUGAGAAAUACUUUAUUUCAAAUGGCUUUGUAUCUGCUUUCAUUUCAUUUUAACUAAACUACUCAGAAACAUUUAAACAGAGAAGAGCAAAACCUCAGCAGCUCCGGCGGGAUUCAGAGGACGCUGUGUCAAAUUUUAGGGGAGAGGGAUUUGUAUUUUCAGAAAAAAAAAAAAAAAAAAAAAGAAGAAGCAAGGAAAGCGAUGCAGCCGCGGGGCCACUGCCAUCUAGCGAGGCACUGCUGCGGGCUGCGCAGCGGGAAGGGGGGGCUGGGGCCCCCUCCGCCCACACUGAAGGUCAGGGAAUGGCAUCCAGAGGUUACUGACAAUACUGACAUUUAUUUCCUUUUUUUGGUGGUUCUUUUUUUUUUUUUUUUUUUACUACUACAUGUAAAGGAAUUUUUUUUUAAUUCUUUUAAGGAAUACUUCACCUGUACAUCAUGUAUGAAAUAGGAAUGUGAACAAUAUAUACUCUUCUUUAUCAAAUGUUUCAAGCACUUAACUUGCUUUGUAAACAGUGUUUGGGGGGCUUUUUGUUCUUGUUGUUUUGUAUAAAUCAAAUGUUUAUUGCAGCAAAUAAAAUAACACCAACUCA